AUGCCACAGCAGCCACCCCAACAAGCUCCACCACCGGCGGCGGCACCUCCGCCAAGGAUUGUCCGACCACAUGAUGCGAUCGAGGUGGAUAAGGUCGAUCGGUUUGCUGAGGGCCCACAUUACGGUCCGGUCCUUGACCCCAUGCUAGUCAAAAAAGUGAAGGCCCGUGUAGAGGUCAAUCCGCUGCUCAUGCCUCCCCCGGACGCAGAGGACCGUGAUUACAUCAAAUGGAAUAUGCUCUUCUCGACAGCGCAAUGUGUACGCUCGUCCGAUCCACCACAUCGCUCGUGGUCGAACGGCAGAAGUGCACCAGCGACCUGGCCGCGCGUGACUUCACUGCGGCUCAUGUCACGGUCGAUCCCUUGGCCAAUCGAAGUGCCUGCGUCGGACCCGCUCCUCGGUGUGACCUGUGGGGAUGUGAUCGAGGCCGUCCACGCGUACAUGAACGGGCGUGUCUCGCAGCGACAGUUUGACCUCGCUCCGGAGUCGCAGAAGCGCAUACUCUCCGAGGCAUUCUACCACAACCGCUCUACUGCCCACGGCGUCCCGGGCGGGCGCCUCCCGCAGACGCUCCUGCGCUUCGACUGGCUGGGCCAGGACACGAUGUUCGGCGGAAUUGUCGCGAACGAGGGGUUCGUCAAGGAGCUGUGCCGUGGCGCGCUCCCGUGCAUAUUCGAGCUCAAGUGCCUGCGGCGAUACCCGAUGAGCGAGCGAGAGAUCCAGGAGCAGGAGGCACGCGAGGCCGAGGCUGAGGCGGGGACUCGCACGAGGCGGAGGACGCGAUCGCGGGUUACGUCGAGGGCAACAUCGCGGGCAACGUCCCGGCCACCGUCUUCGCGGGCGACUACCGUCGAGUCUGGAUCGAGCGAAGAAUGA